ACGUAGACCGCCUCCGAGGUACUCGCUCGAACUCGCGCAACUGUCAAAUCAAAAUGUCCAUCUCUGAAUUCAGACGUAAGAAGCUCCUAUAUGUCUUCAACGUUUUCUUUGAUGUCAAUCAAAGUGGAACAAUUGAAAGAAAAGAUUUCGAGUUGGCGAUAGAGAAAAUCUGCAGCCUUCGAGGAUGGAAGCCUGGUGACCCCAAGCACACCGAGACACACGAGGUCAUGAUCAAAGUCUGGGAGGGCCUGAGGAAAAGGGCAGAUUCCAACAAAGAUGGCCAGGUAUCCGUAGAGGAAUGGGUGUCCAUGUGGAAUGAGUACGCCCAGAACCCCUCCGCUGCUCUGAACUGGCAGCAGCAGUACUGCCAAUUCAUGUUCCAACUGGAGGACGCCAGCGCCGACGGUGCCAUCGACUCGGAUGAGUUCACCACCGUCUGCUCCUCCUACGGCAUCGACCCUCAGGAAUGCAAGGUCGCCUUCGCCAAGAUGGCUAAGGGCAAGGCGAGCGUCUCCUGGGAAGAAUUCCAGGAUUUGUGGAAGGAAUACUUUUCCACCGAAGACCCGAGCGCUCCAGGCAAUUUUAUAUUCGGAAGGACCAGCUUCUAAAUAAAUUCGAUGUUCGAUUUCUUUUGAUCUCAACGAGCGAGGGGAUUAAUGCAAAUUCCUGGCAUAUCUUUGACCUUUUACACGGUGCGUUGC